AUGAGCAUGCAAAGUUCAAAACUCAGGGACGAUUCUCAAACUUUCAUAGAUGAUACAAGUAUCAAUAGUGAAAAGGUUCAUGCAUUCGAAGGACAUAAUGCGGAUGUGCAACCAGUGAUACGCCAAAGAAGUAAUAGCAAAAUUGAAGACAGAGAAAGCUUGAGCAAAUUGAUUUCCAAUAAUAAAGGUGUCGAAAGAAUAGUUUCAGAACUAGAAGAAGGUGCUGGUAAAUUAGGAGGGUUAGAAGAACCACUUGAUCUAAAGAGAAUUGAAACUCACCCGGAUCCAAACUCAAGCUUUAAUGAGAAAGAUCCGUGGAAAUACCCUAUUGAUCAAGAAACGGGUCUAAGACUAGUUGAGUUUGUCCCUGGUGAUAAAAAAAAUCCAUUAAAUAUUUCAAAAGCUAGAAAAUGGUUUUAUACCUUUCUCUUGGGUAUAAUUUGUUUUGUUGUUGCUUUAGGCUCUGCGAUUGUAACCGGUGAUAUCAGUGGACCAAAGGAGUAUUUUGGCGUUACCGAAGAAAUUAUUAUUUUGGCAUCGGUUACUAUGUUUGUUCUUGGAUUUGGGUUCGGGCCUUGUUUAUUUGCACCACUCUCAGAAGAAAUAGGUAGACAACCUGUUUAUGUGGGAACAUUAUUCCUAGGCGUCAUAUUCAUUAUUCCUUGCGCAUUAGCUCAAAACAUUGAAACAUUAAUCAUUUGUAGAUUGAUUGAUGGUUUAGCGUUUUCCGCUCCUAUGUGCCUUAUAGGUGGUUCAUUAGCAGACAUAUGGGAGGCAUCGGAAAGAGGGGCUGCAAUGGCUGUCUUUUCAGCCGCCCCAUUUUUGGGUCCAGUCGUAGGUCCAAUUUUUGGUGGUUUACUUGGUGAUAAUGCCCCUACUUGGAGAUGGAUUUAUUGGUGUUUCUUAAUUAUAGCGGGAUUUUUUUACGUUAUAUUUGCGUUAGCAGUUCCCGAGACUCAUCAUAACACUAUAUUAAAACGCAGAGCAAAAAAAUUAAGAAAGAAUACUGGUGAUGAUAGAUACAGAGCAAUCGUCGAAUUGAAGAUUAAAAAUUUCAAACAAGUCUGUAAUGAAUCGCUUUUACGUCCAUUCAUUUUAUUAAGUGAAUUAAUUAUUUUCUUGAUAACUUUGUAUAUGUCGGUCAUCUAUGGUUUGUUGUAUAUGUUUUUCUUUGCUUAUCCUAUGGUGUAUGGUGAAGGUAAGGGAUGGAGUGAUUCUAUGGUCGGUGUUAUGUUUAUUCCAAUCGGAGUCGGUGUGGUCAUUUCUUCUCUUAUAGCUCCAUUUGUCAAUCGGGAUUAUAAUAAAAGGGCUCAAGUAUAUAGAGAUAAAGGAGAGUUACCACCAGCUGAAUUAAGAUUAAUUCCAAUGAUGUAUAGUUGUUGGUUCGUUCCUGCUGGUUUAUUCUCGUUUGCAUGGUCGUCGUAUCCAUCUGUUUCGUGGGCUGGUCCGUGCUUUAGUGGUCUUGCCGUCGGUUUUGGAUUUACUUGUUUGUAUAACCCAGCGAAUAACUAUAUUGUUGAUUCAUAUCAACACUUCGCAGCAAGUGGUUUAGCUGCAAAGACGUUCGUCAGAUCAAUGUGGGGUGCUUGUGUCCCAUUAUUUACUAUUCAAAUGUACCACAGAUUGGGCUAUGAAUGGGCCUCAUCAUUAAUGGCAUUCAUUUCCUUGGCAUGUUGUGCAAUCCCAUUUGGAUUCUACUAUUAUGGAGCAAGAAUUAGAACAUACUCAAAGUAUGCUUAUUCCCCCGACUCUAUAAAUUAA